UCCCCGUCCUCUAAACUCACGGAUCCAACCCGCACUCAACGGUUGUAGGGUUGUAGUUUACAACGUGACGUGUUUGUGUAAACUAUAACACUAGCAGGUUGACUUCGCCGGUAUAGGCUUGAUCUAUGAGCUAAGAUGUCUUGUGAAUCCAGAAAAGCUUUGACACAAUGACAGUGUGUUAGCCUAAUCCCUGCUCAAACUUGGAUUAGGAUUAGUGUUCGGAGCUGUGUUCGGAACUGUGUUCGGAACUGAAUUUAUAGUGGUGGUGAUAAUUUAAAAAACCAAUCAAAAUGAAGUCGGUACUAGAGCUGUUGAAACAUUUUUACAUUCAGAGGAUUAUCAUGUACGGGAUUAUCGCCGUGUUCAGUUUUCUGGUGAUUGUUCCGUUAGGAGAUCUGAGGAUUCGGUUCACUGACGACCACUGUUCCCGAUGUAUUCUCUACUCGGAAAUGGAUUUUAACGUGUCGGAAACAUCAGAUGCCAGAUACUUCCGGAUCCGGUUUGGCGAACAGGAAGUCUGCGAGUACAGCAUCGCGGUAUCGUCGGUCUUCUGCCUAAUUUAUCCCAUAGCGGCGGCCCUGAUCUAUUUUUAUCUGUACAGGAGGGACAACGCCGAGAGGGAUGAAAACAAAUUGGAUCUGUCGCAUUGCCUUUUUCUCAUCCACAUCGCAGUAGAGUUUGCGGUAGUUAUUUUAAUGUUGGUCUCAGCCAGUAUGAUAUCUGCUGGUUUCAUGCAUUUUUGUCAAUCGGUAACAGUCGGGGUAGGCAGCUGCAUAGAUGCCCAGAACUUCUCGGACUGGCGAGGAUAUGAUGGCAGCAAUUUCUACGAGGCAUUGGCUGUUGCUACAGCAGGUGGCUGGCUGUUGUUUGUAUCCUGGAUGUUUCAAGGCCUGCUGGGAUUGUGGAAACUUUGGAGACUCAAUGUCCUUCCUGUUCUACCCUGUCUCAGCCACCCAGAGGAAUAGCUUCAUCUACCCAAAUCGUUCAGCCACCCAGAAGAAUAGCUUCAUCUACCCAAAUUGUUCAGUCAUCAAAGAGCUACUUUGUUCAUGAACAUCAUUUGUACCUUUUUUUUUUGUUUCAUGAGCAGAAUUUCAUUGUUGAAUGUGUGGUACUCACAUUUGAGAUGACAUUCCAUAAUGUGUCGCUUUUGAUAUAUCGUAUUAUGUAUCAGAUUAAUCUUGACAAGGGCAUCUAAAUGAAAGCAUUGCUGCCUCAGUUACUUUUACAUUAAAGUUACAUGACAAGAUAUCCUGCAUGCACUCAAAUUAGUUUACAUGAAAUUUGAAAAUUUGCAAGUCCCUGUUUAUUGUCUCCUUCCUCAUCAUCCCCCCCCCCCCCCCCCCCCAUUUUUUAAAAUUCAAUUACCCAAAUGUAAUUAACUGUAUUAGACAAAUGUGAUUUUUGUUCUGAAACCUGAUAACUGGUAGCCUCAUUCAAAUUACUGCCCAGAAGAUGUGAAGAACUGUCGAGAAAGCCAAUUUACAUUGCAGUCAUUACCACUAUUUCAUCAUAAACAGUAUUUUUUGUUACAUUCCUGACAAUUAUAAAUAACACGACCAGCAGAGCUGAAGUAAACCAAGUACAAUGUGGACCACAUUCCAUUUAACUUAUUCACACAGUUGUAACUAAGUUUACUUU